AUGGACAGAACUCUGCAGUUUGUGUUGCUUUUAUGCUUUUUGGCGCUUUGUAUUGCAGCGACAAAAGAGAACAAAUCAGGUAAAAAUGCAGCUAAUUCGGAUUCUGGGAACAGUGAUGACGAUGCUAAAGUAGAAGUUGUUCAUGAUGUGAAAGAGGAUUCGACGAAGGAGAAGAAAACCGCUGAUGAUCAGGAGACGAAAAAGAAGGCCUCUGAUGAGGACAAUAAAGGCAAAAACAGUGAAGAACAUGAUGAAUUGGACGACGACGACGAUGAUGAAGAUGACGAUGAAGACGAAGAUGAACACGAAGGUCACGAAGAUCAACACGAAGAAGAGGAAGAAGACGAAGAAGCAGAUCCGAACGCUAAGAUAGAAGUUCACGAUCUUUUUACCCCAGAAGACUGCACAAACAAAUCCAAAUCUGGUGAUCUUGUAGUGAUCCACUACAAGGGCUGGCUAGAUGAUGGAAGACUGUUCGAUACCACCAUUGACCCGGCCAAGGGAUACAUGCCUUUUGAAUUCAUGCUAGGAACGGGGACAGUUAUCAAAGGUUUUGAGAAGGGCGUCUUAGACAUGUGCAGAGGACAGAAGCGAAAGAUAGUCAUUCCUCCAUCGCUUGGUUAUGGAAAGAAAGGGGCUGGAGAAAUUCCCGGUAAGCAGUUUGAUUUUUAAGCUGUAGUUUCUUAUCCUCACAUAAAUUGCUAUUGUUUGUUGUCAAUUAAGUUUUCCGGGUAAACAAAUUAUUUUCUCCCGCGUGUAAAUAGGCAAAACCUUAUUCUGAGCACUGUUUUGGCUUGCAGUACUUUCAUUUUAAUUUCCUAAAACACCUCCGGUGAUAAAUUAAAAUAUUAAACGAUUUUCCAACCUUAGUCGACGUUCGUAUCAACUAACAUUUAACAGCAACAACCUCUUGAUUGUAUUUCGUUUCACUGAUUUUUUCUUUAUUUAAUACCUGAUAUCAAAUAAGAUGUAUUUAAUAACGUUUUGAAGUACGACGAUAUUGUUUUAAUUUCUAGUUAUGACCUUCAUAUAGAAAAUAAUUUUGUUUCUUUUGAAACAAAUUACGUAUUAAUUAACCAAGUGUGAAUACACGAAGCGUUUUUCAACUGGCUCGAUUCGCUUGUAAAUAAUUUAUUUGAUAUUUGGCAUAGACACAAUAAAUCAUUUUUAUCAUUGAUUUGUUUUGAUGUAGAAGCAAAAAGGCAUUUCUCGAUAUUUGUUUCAUUAAAAAGGAAUAGGAGAACGCAACCUUAACCCAACCUGCGAGAAGCCUGGGUACGAAAAUUUGAAAAAAAAAAUCGAUUUUUGUGUUUGGGUCAUGUCCCAGAAACGAAAAUGCGUCAUAGACCCUUAGAUUUCUCGUUCCUAGAGCCCAUCGUAUAUUGAGAUCACGAGCGCAUUAGGGAAAAAAAAAAAAACAGAAAAACAAUUCGGAUAAUCCACUAGCCUGCGUAGCAAGAGUUUCCGUGCGGUUUCGGAGCAAAAAACCAGGAACGAGAGUCAAUGACAGCGCGAGUAAAAGAGCCCCCUCAAGACAUUUAUUUUCUCGUGCUCCCCUGAGAAAUAGUCUUUGGUGUUACUGCAGACAACUAAUUAAAUGUAAAAAAGAAUGCGCUAUUGUUUAAAUUAUUCCGGUUCAAGGUUUUUGUCGCAUGAAAAUUGAAAUUUCUCAGUUUCCCGAUGGAUUACGUCUUAAUAUCUUAGGCGGUGACAUUUUUGGCCUGGAACGAGUGACGUAUUUGAGGCAUUGUUCUCCUUUAAUUAAUAUGCCCAGGACGCAUGUCAGAGAUCGACGUCGUGUGGGCCUAGGUCUCUUGAAAAGUGAAUCCACGGCUGUUUCAAUAUUCAUCACACUGUCUGUAAACUGAAUGUUAGUGAAUUUUUCUAGAGUUGUAUUCUAAAGGACUGUAUCUAGGUUUUAAAAAAGAAUUAUAGAUGAUUGUUGUCUUGUGUUUACCUCUUCCACAAAACGAGAAAUUAAGAAGUCUGAAGUCGUGGUCAUGCAGCGACGGCAAAGAAAUAUACAAAAAAGCGUGAUGCUCGUGCAAAACUGUUGUUUUGCUAAUCCAAACCUAUUGUUUCCUUGCCGUUCUCUUUGCUUAGAAGCUACAACAAAGCGGGGCGGAGCUAAGAAAAAUGCCUAAAAAUACGUCAUCGUUUCACUCGACCCAGGGAACUUUCUACACCGUCUUCUGACCAAAAGCUGCUCAAAUAGGCAAAUUUCGUACUCUUAACCGAGCAUGGAGACUGCUAGUUAAUUAUCCGAUUCAUGCAAUUUGUACCUUGUUUCAAAGCUGAAAGCGGGUAGAAUUCUUCAAAAUUUUAUCAGAUUUGGGUGAUAUGCAUUUUAAUUAAAAACAAGCUAAAAACAUGCUUACCUCGAUCGAUGUUAAGUUCCCCUGUUAAUUAAAGGGAUGUUGAUGCCAGCUGAUAUUCUUCAAAUAGCAGUUUAAUCGACAGAGUUGAAAAGUUGCUUUUCUUGGUAUGUUUUUAAGAAGUAGUUUGCCUACUUCGAACUCUUCUUUGCAAAAUGGUUAAAAUUCUUCGCCGUGCCACCAAAAUAUAACACAGCCUUGUCUCCAGGGCUUCACGGUUGAUGUCUCUGGCGUUUAUCCUGCACUGAGGCCAUUUGAUCGAAUAUCACUCAGUGGGGGGAGGGGGGGGAAGGGGGAAAGGGGGGAAGGGGAGAAAGGAGGUAUAGAAAUACUAGGCGUUCUUGGAUUUUUCUGCUCUCUUCCCCUGGAUAUCACCAAAAACGUCAUCUAGGUACUUGAGUCAAUCAGAGACGGAGAAAUAUUUUGAAUUGAGUUUUAAUCUUUUGUUUUUUUCGACCAGGUAACACGACUCUCACGUAUGAGCUGGAAAUGUUCGACAUUCGUCCCCCUCCCCCACAGGCAGACUUGUUCUCACAUAUCGACGCAAACGGUGACAAGAAACUGUCAAAGAAGGAGAUAUCAGCGUACAUGAAAGCCCAAGCCCAAGCUCAAGGUAUGCCAGUAUACGACAAGAGAUGGAAAAAACACCACAAGAGCGUGGUGGCUAAUAUCUUUGAGCAUGAAGAUGCUGAUGAAGACGGGUCCAUUUCUCAUGAUGAAUUUAGCGGCCCGAAGAUGAUGUAUCAUGAUGAAUUUUAGGCCAGUGUGAGAAUUGAGCUCUCGCGUUUUCGCGCGUGCAAACACGGCAGAUUGUACCGCGUGGACGGACACUAUGCUCAGCCAACAUAACCACGUGGUUAGCUACCCGCCAGAAACUCAAAGUGAAAUUUAAAGGUUUUUUUAAAAAAAAUCGAAACUGUAGUCGGGAAAGGAGGCUCUUUUCAGAUUCUGAAUGAGUUAUAUUUCCUUAAAAAUUGUCAUAAAAAGAAGGAAAUCAUUAAGUCUUACUUUGCUCGCUAACACCGGCAUUUUUAUAUCUGGCGUUAACCCGAAGUUAAAAUUAAGUUUUUUCGUAAUAUGCAAUGGGAGCAGGAAAAAUUGUGAAAGAAAAAAAUAAACAAAUUGAACUGCAAC